AUGCCAUCAACCACAAGAAGAAGAAGAUUAAUAUUGCCAGUGUUUGGGUUUCUUGUAUGUGGCGUAGUUGAAGCUGAGGAACACCAAGCAAAUGCCAACAACAGACUGAGACCGAGAAUACGAAGAGACAUUCCACCAUCACAUAUUGAACAAAUUGACUUUGAUUUCGAUGGACUCGACGAGAUUGAAUGGACACAAGGAGAUGAAGGAGAAGCGGUCCAACAAAUCGUGGGUGGAGAAGAAGUGGAUCUUGGGGAAUAUCCAUACUUUGUGGAUUUGGGUGACUGUGGCGGAUCCCUGAUUGCUCCCGAUCUGGUAUUGACAGCGGCGCAUUGUGAAGACUACACUGGAUACAUGGCAAUCAUUGGAGCCUCAAACAAGAGAGACGAUUCCACCGAAGGUUCAACCUUGGUGAGAGUGGUGGAUUGGGCCGCACAUCCUUACUUUGACGACGUUACACUCAAGUACGACGUGGCGUUGCUCAAGAUUGAUCCUCCAGUAUAUCUGAAUACUGAUAUUGUCAUAACACUCAACGAUCAAGAUGAUCUCGUACAAGGAGAAAACCUGACGGUGAUGGGGGUGGGAUUAUUGGAGGACGGUGGCGAAGAACAAGAAAACGGAUCCCCAUUGAGGGAUGUCUCUGUGAAAGUGAUACCCAAUGAGAUAUGCAAUGGGAGAUAUUGGUAUGACGACGAAAUAGAUUACACUAUGCUUUGUGCAGGGUACCCAGAGGGAAAGAAAGAUUCAUGUCAAGGAGACUCGGGAAGUCCACUGGUUCGAAAGAUUGGAAACACUCACGUUCAAGUUGGAGUGGUGUCUUGGGGCGAUGGUUGCGGUGAGGAACUUGCACCAGGAAUAUAUUCGAGAGUGGACAUGGCCUAUCGAUGGAUUCAGGGUGUCGGUUGCACUCAAUGGGGAAGUUUGGGCCCAUUGUGUACUCGGGAAAGCAACGACGCUGUGGCUCCUCCUUCGCCUCCUUCCGUUGUUGGUUCCGUCAUUAGCUGUGACUGGAAUGAAAAAGAAACAGAUUUCACGUUGCUUACUGGUGAUACUGCGGGUGACAUUCGAUGGGAAAUCAUUAGCGUGGAACAAGGAAAGAGUGUUCUGACCCAAAUUGGAAUGGAGGACUGGGAAACAUACCAAACAAGAGAGUGUUUGCCACAGUCUCCGUACGUCCUUCUAAUUAAGAAUUUCAGAGGCCAAGGGUUAUCUGGAGGAGGGUACAGUCUGACGGUGGACGGACGACUAGUGGAAGAGUCAUACGACAAUGAAAUGUUUAGCCUGAAGGUGAUCAAGUUCUAG